AUGGCAUCCGCGAUAUCUUUUGGCGCCAACAACUCUGGCCUUCAAGCCGGAACAAUCAAUGGUGCAGUCAACACGAACUUUCAUCACCAUGCUCCUCCUGAACGACUAGAAACUCCACCAAACCCAUCGAUUGUCAUACCCUUCAGUCGCGAUAAAGACUUUGUCGGGCGAGGGACAAUACUCGACCUGAUCGAUGAAAAAUUCACAGGCUCGGGUUCUAGAACCGCGCUUGUCGGUCUUGGCGGUGCUGGCAAGUCUCAACUUGCUAUUGAAUACGCGUACCGAACCCGAGAUCUAUCGCAGGAGACAUGGGUUUUCUGGGUCCAUGCAAGCAAUGCCGCUCGAUUUGAGCAGAGCUUUCGAGAUAUUGCAAACUGUGUGAAGAUUCCUGGCCGGCAAAAUUCACAGUCCAAAAUCUUUCAGCUUGUACAUGACUGGCUGCGCGAUGAUCAACAAGGAAAGUGGAUUCUUAUACUUGAUAACGUGGAUGAUGCUAGCUUUCUUGUCCAAGCUCAAAGUGUAGGUCGAGAUGGACAAAGAAACGAAAACAUUGAGAACUCACGACCGCUUAUCACAUAUCUUCCACAGUGCCAAAAUGGAUCUGUUCUUGUCACAUCACGAAGCAGAAGUGCUGCGCUAAAGCUAGUUGAACAGCGUGACAUUAUUGCAGUCGAACCUAUGGGGAUGAUAGAUGCGCUAGCACUUUUUGGGAAGAAGCUAGGACAGUGUGACGAUGGCAACAAUACUGCUGAGCUUGUUGAGGCACUAGAGUUCAUGCCGCUCGCUAUUGUCCAGGCAGCUUCAUAUAUAUUGCAAAGAAUACCACGUUAUUCUUUACAAGAUUAUCUUGAGGACUUCCGAAAAAAUGAUCGCAAAAGAACUAAUCUUCUUCAUCAUAAUGGCGAGCAGCUCCGUCGAGAUUGGGAAGCAAAUAAUUCUAUUCUUGUUACAUGGCAAAUAUCUUUUGAUUAUAUACGUAAAACAAGAUCAUCUGCUGCUGACUUGUUGUCACUUAUGAGCUUUUUCGACCGGCAAGGAAUCCCCGAGGCUUUACUACGAAGUCGAAACACGGAUAGAUCCCUGGAACAAAACCCGGAAAGCGAUGAUGAUGAUGAUGAUGAAAACAAUCAUAGUAGUGUCAGUACUGCAGACAGCGAUGACGACAAAGAUAAUAGUUUGGGGUCUAGUAUAAAUGAUGGAUUCGAGGACGAUAUUUUAGUUUUACGAGAUCAUUCGUUUAUCUAUGUUAAUGCAGAUCGCACAACAUUCGAAAUGCACAGAUUAGUACAACUAGCUACACGCAAAUGGCUUGAAGAUCAGAAACAACAAGAGAAAUGGAAACGGCAGUUUAUCAAAAAUCUUGACGCAGAGCUUCCAACAGGAGAAUACGAGAAUUGGGUACAGUGUCAGAUGCUUUUUCCACAUGCACAGUCGGCAAUAGUACACAAGCCUGAGGAUCAAAACUCAUUAGUGGAAUGGGCCUCAAUACUUUACAAGGCAUCAUGGUACGCUUGGGAAAUGGGAAAUGGUAAGGAUGCGGAAAGUCUGUCGGUCAGGGCAAUGAAAGUUAGAAAGAAAAUUCUAGGACCAGAGCAUGAAGAUACGCUAGCAAGUAUGGCAAUGGUAAGCUAUAUCUAUAAACUCAGGGGCCGGUGGAAUGCGGCUAGAGAGCUAUUUAUGGAAGUGAUCGAGACAAGUAAGGAGAAACUCGGAAUGAAUCAUUCUUUCACACUCAUCAGUUUAGCCCAUCUAGCGUCGGCAUAUAGGAAUCAAGGGCAAUGGGAUAAAGCCGAAGAAAUAUUUGCGGAAGUGAUGAAGAUAAACAAAAAGAAACUCGGAUUAGAUCAUCCAGAUACGCUUACUAGUAUGGCCAAUCUAGCAUCAACUUACAGAAAUCAAGAGCGGUGGGAUGCAGCUGAGGAGCUAUUUGUAGAAGUGAUGGAAACGAGCAAAAGGAAACUUGGGGCAGAUCAUCCAGAUACGCUUACUAGUAUAGCCAAUUUAGCAUCAACUUACAGAAAUCAAGAGCGGUGGGAUGCAGCUGAGGAGCUAUUUGUAGAAGUGAUGAAAACGAGCAAAAGGAAACUCGGGGCAGAUCAUCCAGAUACGCUUACUAGCAUGGCCAAUCUAGCAUCAACUUAUAGAAAUCAAAAGCGGUGGGAUGCAGCUGAGGAGCUAUUUGUGGAAGUGAUGGAAAUAAGCGAAAGGAAAUUCGGAAUGAGCCACCCAAACACACUCAUCAACAUAACCAAUUUGGCAUCGUUAUACAGGAACAAAGGGCAAUGGAAUACUGCUGAAGAGUUAGAGGUACAAGUGAUGGAGACUCGCAAGAAGAAAUUCGGAGUGGACCAUCCAGACACGCUCGCUAGUAUGGCUAACCUUGCCUACACAUGGAAGGGACAAGAUAGGCAUAAAGAAGCUUUGAAGCUCAUGGAGGAAUGUGUAGUAUUACAAAGUAGGGAUCUAGGUAUUAAUCACCCGGACACUUUGUUUUCUCGUACAAAUUUACUUGCAUGGCGGACAACCGAGCCAGGAAUUGAUGCUUGGGCUAAUGAAGAACUGAAUGCACAAUGA